GUGGUGGUGGCGUUCUUCCUGUGUUGGGCUCCAUUCCACGCUCAGCGGCUCAUGACCCUGUACGUUGAACAUUGGACUUCACAGCUCAUCGAAGUGCAGGGAUACCUUUUCUAUGUGUCCGGAAUCCUGUAUUUCUUCAGCUCAACUGUUAAUCCGAUUUUGUACAAUUUAUUGUCGAGGAAAUUUCGCCGGGCUUUCAAACGGACAAUGUGCAGAUGUUUCGUGCGUACAAAUUCUGUGCCAACCUUUUACAUGCUCAAGGCUAAGUUUAUACACAAUGAUGGUGGGGCGGGCUCUUCUCGGGGACCGUCAAUAAGCCGCCCGACUCAGGAGAAGCAAGGGGUUAGACUGGUCACAUAUUACAAGAAUGAAAAACAUGCACCACGCUGCCGCAAAACGCUAAAAAGUCCGUCGACAAGUGACACGCUGUUGAAUAAAACCAGUCGUAGUCCAACGUGCAGCUCGCAUGCUCAUUCUGACGGAUGGCUACACGCACUCUGUCGUCAUAAACGCUGCACGAGCAGACGGCAACGUUCCUUAACGUCGCGACAGAAUGGAUUAGUGGCUUCGUUUCAAGAUAUUGAAACACUGCGACUUAAUGAUUUCACGGGCAGACCAAACAGACAAAAUGCUUACAUAUCAGCCGACUAG